UGGAGUCACCUAUCUGCUCGCUGCCAGUGGCUUCAGUCCUGAUCAAGCGGGCUUCUGAUCCUAAAGUCCAGGAUGCAUCUACUGAACAGUAUCGCUGUUGCCUUCCUCUUGGUAUGCUCAGCUUGCCAGAUGUCUUUUUCAAAAGAGACUGAACACCACUCUGAAAAUUCUUCAGAAUUGAUCCCAUGCCUUAAUGUGGACUUCUGUCCAGAAGCUGCCAAAUGCUGCCAUCUUGGAGUAGAUGAAUAUGGCUGGAUUGCUGCUGCAGUUGGCUGGAGCCUGUGGUUUCUCACACUCAUCCUCUUCUGCAUUGAUAAACUCAUGAAACUCCAGCCUGAUGAGCCCAAACACCUGGGAGCCUGAGAAUCUAUCAAAGCUGCAAAGUACCUCUGCCUGUCUUUGCUGUUCAAGAUCAAGCAGAUGGCUUCAGACGUUCAUUUAGCUUCCUCCGCUGCUGGAGCAUCAAAGGACACUUCUGAACAGUGCACUUCAAAGAGGGCCUUAGAAGAACAAGACACAUGCAGAGUUGUGCCAUGUUGUUAUUAUGCCUCCCUUGUGUCCCAACAAAUAAGAGAAUCCUAGCUCCUUAUUGCAGCUUCUAUUUAUAGCCCCAUCAAAUGCAAUGGCAGCACCCAUCUGGAGUGCCUAGUCUCAACCAUGCAUUUAUCAUUCAUAGCAGAAAGUCAGCUUAUCCCCUCUAAAAUUGGAAUAAGAAAUCUUCAGCGCUUGAGCUGGUGGCUGGAGCUUACUUCUGAUGAAACA